AUGGUUGCUACUGGUGGUUUAAUCGCGGGUCCGGAUACCCCGUUGGCCCAUGCUACCGGUUCCGGAAGUGAAAGCAUCCAGUCAGCUCGCUCUUUUCAGCCACAUGCUGGCCGGUUCUUCUUAAUUUGUACAUGCACUGAAAGCUCUCCGUCCACGGUCUCAUCACCACAACUUGCCCCUCCCCCCUGCCGCCCCUCUGUCCAUGUCGUCCGGCUACGGCCUGCAACUCGACUAUCGUCCUCGCUCCAUCUUCCACGCCAGAUCGACUUUGCGGCCAAAUCUCCGCCUCCGGCUACACAGAAUCGCGCUUUCACAGAGCCUGCCAACGCGCUGACAACGCGGUCCGGAGGACCGUUCGGCCCAGCCCCCGUCUGGCCGACUCUGUCGCUCCCAGCGCCGUCCCAGGCCGUGGCUCGACGGGACUCGGACUGCCCUUCUCGAGGAGGCGUCUUCACUCCGAGGGCCGGUGGGCAGGAGACGAGAAUGGAGCCGGCCAGUCGCCAGGCAACGGCGACCAAUUGGUGA